UAGUUGUUAAAUAUAUUUUGUGAUACAUUAUGGAGCAACCCGAGCAGUGCCAGCAGCUAAAGCCGCGUGCAAUUUUCGGUAUCAACGGCAAGGUGGAGAAUGGCGUGCGCCAGCAUCCGACUACGGGCGACAUUAUAUUCGCGCUGGGCAACAAAAUCGGCAUUGCCGAUCACAAGAAGAACUCGCAAGAGUUCAUUGCGGGCCACACCAACACCAUAUCGUGCCUGGAUGUGAGCAAGAGUGGCAAAUACAUUGCCUCGGGGCAGAUAAAUCACAUGGGAUUCCGCGGCUAUGUCAUCAUUUGGGACUAUUAUCAGCGCAAGGAGAUUUCGCGUCACGAUCUGCACAAGGUGAAGGUGCAGGCCAUAUGCUUCACUGCCGAGGAUCGCUUUGUGGUGUCCAUUGGCGGCGUGGACGAUGGCUCCGUGAUUGUCUACGACAUGGAAUCAUUCUCUCCCAUUUGCCGGCAGCCUGCUUCGCGUGCCAUUUCGGGCAAUGCUCUGGGCGUGCGGCCCAUGCACAAUAAUCCAUACUUCUUUUUGACUGCCGGCGAUCGGCACCUGCGUUUGUGGAGCAUUCUGCGGGAUCAGAAGAAACUCUACGUCCAGGACGUGCACAUGGCCAGCAAGACGCGCGUCUUCUACUGCGCGCGCAUCAACAAGAAGGACGAGAUCGCCUACCUGGGCACUGGCACGGGGGACAUAGUGAAGAUCACACUCAAUUGCUGCGAUCGUGAUAAUGUCAGUCGACCGGGCACCACCAGCGGCAUCUUGGGCGCCUUUGGCACACACAAUGCCCGCAAGCCCUCGGGCCGGGACUGCAAUCGUUAUGUGAAUGGUGUCCGCGCUCUGUACAUUGUGGACGAUGGCCGCUUGCUGAUUGGCGCUGGCAAUGGCGAUGUGGAGCUCGUGGAGGAGCGCACCGAUGUGCCGCUCAUCAAUUUUCGUGAUUAUCCCGGACCCACCUGGCCGUAUCUGCGCGUGCUGAAGACGACACGCGUCUCGGGGCUUAUCUCCUCGUUUGUGCGCUCCACCUCGGAUUUGUUUUACAUUUGCACAGACACCAACGAGAUCUACGGACUGACCAUUUCCACAUGGAAGCUCAAGCUGUUGCGCACAUGCCACACGAAGUCCGUUUACAGCAUCACAUUCCCCAAGGCAUAUGCCGCUGUUUUUGCCACUUCGGGCAAGGAGUGCAUUCGCAUUUGGUCGUCGGGCCGCAAGCAGGAGCUGCUCCGCAUUAUGGUCUACAAUUUCAACUGCGCCGCCGUGCGCUUCACCCACGACGGCACCAGCAUUGUGUCCGUGUGGAACGAUGGCAUCAUACGCGCCUUUACACCCAUCACGGGGCGCCUGAUCUACGCCAUUCCCAAUGCUCACAACAAGGGCUGCAGCGCUCUGGCUGUGUCCUCCACGGGUCGCCUCAUUGUCACCGGCGGCAUUGAGGGGCAGGUGCGCGUGUGGAAGAUCGAUCCGUAUCGCCAGUCGCUGCUGGGCGUGCUCAAGGAUCACUCGGGACCCAUCACAUCGCUGGACAUUAAUCAUCUGGACACAGAGGUCAUCUCGGCCUGCACCGACGGCUCCUGCGUCAUCUGGGACAUCAACCGCAUGACCCGCAAGCAGGUGGUCACCGCCAACACGCAGUUCAUGUGCGCCGCUUACUUUCCCACUGGGGUGCAGCUGCUCACCUGUGGCGCCGAUGGCAGAAUCAUCUAUUGGAUGGUCUACAAUGGAGCGAUGAUACGCGAGCUUACCGCCUCGAAGAAGUCCUCCGUCAACUGCAUCUCAAUGAACGACACCGGCGACUACUUCAUCAGCGUCGGCAGCGAUCUGCAGGUGAAGCUUUGGGACUACAACAAGGGCGAGGUGGUGGGCGUGGGCUCCGAGCAUGCCUCGUCCGUGAUUAGCGCCGCUUACAGUCCGUGCCUCAAGAUGUUCGUGACUGGCAGCACCGAUGGCUCGCUCAUCAUUUGGGAUGUGCCCCGCGACUUCUGGGGCAGACCCAAUCCCCCCGAUGCCCCAGCCUACUCGCUGCCCAAUGCCACAUCGAAGGGCAAACUCAACAAUGUUCCCUCUCGCGUGGACUCCGGCUCCAAGGUGCAGGCAAAGGGCGAGAAUAUCGAUGGGCUGCUAAAGGCAACGCCCAAGGACGACAUUUGCUGUGUCGAGUGUCCGCCGUGCGCCCAGAAGGAGACGAAGGCCUCCGAUCCCUUUGCCGAGUGCAAGAUUGUACCCGACGUGAGGAAAUGUUGAGUUACAAAAAAUAUUUAGUUAAGUUAUCAUUCUGCAAUGCAAAAAUAAAUU